UUUUUGACAGGUCUCUGACAGAUAGAUAAGGAAAAGUUGGCCGUGUGAAUGUCGGUCACGCAGCAUUAAUUCUCAAAAAUUGUAGACUAAAAGUUUAUAAAAUCGUACUCUGGUGCGGACAGGGAGUUCCAUCAUGAGUGCAUUAAUGAAAGCAGCUUUAUCCCGCAGUCCUGCCGCUCUGGCCACUCAUGUCUAUAGAAACCUACAUUUAUCAGUGGGAGGUGCAUCUCCACUGAAAGAUGCUACAGUCAACACAGGGAAAGGCUACACAGUAGUUGAUCACCAACAUGAUGCUUUGGUGAUUGGAGCGGGUGGAGCCGGUCUCAGGGCAGCCUUUGGCUUAGUGCAGGAAGGGUUCAAGACAGCUGUAGUUACCAAGCUGUUCCCUACAAGAUCGCACACAGUUGCUGCACAGGGAGGCAUUAAUGCAGCACUAGGUAACAUGGAGGAAGAUAAUUGGCUGUGGCAUAUGUAUGACACUGUCAAGGGUUCUGAUUGGCUUGGAGACCAGGAUGCCAUACACUACAUGACAAGAGAGGCGCCUCAUGCUGUGAUUGAACUGGACAACUAUGGCAUGCCAUUCUCUCGUACGCCAGAGGGAAAGAUUUACCAGAGAGCCUUUGGUGGUCAAUCUCUAAAGUUCGGAAAGGGUGGACAAGCCCAUAGAUGCUGUGCUGUAGCUGAUAGAACUGGCCACUCCCUGUUACAUACACUUUACGGACAAUCUCUACGAUACGAUUGCGAAUAUUUCAUUGAAUACUUUGCCUUGGACCUGUUGAUGGAGGAUGGAGUCUGCAAGGGCUGCAUUGCACUCAACCUUGAAGAUGGAACCCUGCAUAGGUUCCAAGCCAAGAACACGAUCCUGGCGACGGGCGGCACGGGACGCUCGUACUUCAGCUGCACGUCGGCGCACACGUGCACGGGCGACGGCACGGCCAUGGCGGCGCGCGCCGGCCUGCAGAACGAGGAUAUGGAGUUCGUGCAGUUCCACCCCACUGGUAUCUACGGCGCGGGUUGCCUCAUGACGGAGGGCUGCCGCGGCGAGGGCGGCUUCCUCGUCAACGCGAAGGGCGAGCGCUUCAUGGAGAGGUACGCGCCCGUCGCCAAGGACCUCGCCAGCCGAGACGUCGUGUCCAGGGCCAUGACUGUCGAAAUUAUGGAGGGUAGAGGUUGCGGGCCAGAGAAGGACCAUGUGCACUUGCAGCUGCACCACCUGCCGCCCGACCAGCUGAAGCAGCGCCUGCCCGGCAUCUCGGAGACGGCCAUGAUCUUCGCGGGCGUCGACGUCACCAAGGAGCCCAUCCCCGUGCUGCCCACCGUGCACUACAACAUGGGCGGCACUCCCACCAACUUCCGCGGGGAGGUUCUCGUCCACAAAAACGGACAAGACCACUUAGUACCCGGUCUGCUCGCGGCGGGAGAGGCCUCCUGCGCCUCCGUGCACGGCGCCAACAGGCUGGGCGCCAACUCGCUCCUCGACAUCGUGGUGUUCGGCCGCGCCUGCGCCAUCACCGUCGCCGACACCAGCCGCCCGGGAGACUCGCAGGCCCCGCUCAAGGAGACGACAGGACAAGAGAGUAUCGCAAACCUAGACAAGUUGCGGUACGCAAAUGGCAACAUCUCAACGGCGGAUCUGCGUUUGAGGAUGCAGAAGUGCAUGCAGAAGAACGCCGCUGUGUUCAGGCAGAAGAGCACGCUUGAAGAAGGUCACCAACAAAUCCACGAGAUAUACAAGCAAAUGGCCGACGUCAAAGUAUCGGAUAGGUCCCUGAUCUGGAACAGCGACCUGGUGGAAACCCUGGAGCUGCAGAACCUCCUCAUCAACUCGGUGCAGAUUGUGGAGGGCGCAUUGGCGCGCGAGGAAUCCCGCGGCGCGCACGCCAGGGAGGACUUCAAAACUCGCCGCGAUGAAUUGGACUACUCCAAGCCUUUGGAUGGACAGACGAAGCUGCCGUUCGAACAGCACUGGAGGAAGCACACGAUAGCGGAGACCGACGCCGGCACGGGCGCCACCAAGCUGAGCUAUCGACCCGUCAUCGACCACACGCUCGACCAGCAGGAGUGCAAGACUGUGCCGCCCGUCAUACGCACCUACUAGGAUACUUAGGUAAUCUCACAAAAUGGCUGCUGAGUGCUGACUGGGCUAAGAAGUAUUACUUCAGUAUGCAUCUUGGUCUAAGUGCGUGUUUACGUACAACUCUUUCAAAAUAUUCUUUCUGAAAAAAUUAUUUCAAUUCAUCUAUUCUAAGAAAAUGGUUUUUGAGUUGAAAUAGUUUUGCGUUUGUUGUGCGAUAUAAGUAAAAAGAAGUAGCUAUGUUACAUACAUAUCUAAAGUGAAAUCUUAAAACUAGAACACUUGGUUUACAUUUGUAGAGAGCUAUCUGUUCCACUCACGCGUUUUUAUCUUCUGUCUUACUCAUCACCAAGCACGAAUUAUAUACGCCAUGUAUCGUGUAUCGUGUCUAUGGUAUAAUGUGUACAUUGUUGUAGGAAUAAACUUUAACUAGUAGUAAAAAUUUUAACUAAAAAAAGCGCCUUGAUAGGAGCUAAUGUCAAAUAGAGACGCCAUAUUUAAAGUAAUAGUGAUGUGACGUGGUUCAGUUGUGUCACUGUGAAUGAGUCAAUGAACCAGUUCCUACUUCUCUAUUUUAUUUAGAAUAAUCUUAAUAUAAAAAAAUAUAACAUACGUACGUAUGUACGUACACUUUUUAUACAACAUGUAAAUAACUAAACUUACAUAGAAAAGUGACAUCCAGGCUCAGAGCAAAACUGUGCAUCAUACAAAAAUUUGUCGAAUGUCGAUGGUUUCGAAUUCACAUAACAAUAAUGAGUCAGUCUACUAUUUUAUCCUAUCUAUAGAUCCUUAAUGUAGGUGUACUGCGUCACUGACUCGUAUCAGUGUAUUUUUGUCUCCACGCCAUUUAUUUUUCGUAAAAACUGGCAGCCCAUGAAAGGUCAUUUAGCUAUGUUUAAUUAAAGAUUCGAUUAUAGCAACUUUUUUCGAAUAGUAUAUUUUACUAUUUUUACAUUACAUUUCUUAAUGGCUAUAGUAUUCACAUCUGAAACGUAUGGUAUAACACAGACCGACAAGAAGACGCAACCGAGUCUUUACCUACAACUACAAAGUUUAAUACAGAUGAGAGCACGUCGCGCCCGUGUUCGUAACUUUUAUGUGAACACGCACUUUCGCACCAUUAUUUAUUUCAUAGUUCAUUUUAGAGUAGUUUAAGAGUAACAAGCGUUUAUUGUGGCUGAUAAAUACAUUGUUAACAUUUACUUAUAUAUAUUAAAAAAAUCGUAUAUGUAGUAUGUCAUACAUCAUGAAAUUUUUAUCAUAUUUUGAGCUAUGCCCGAUGCCUGUUCAUGUUUUCUUCUAAACUAUAGAUUUAAAUAUUUAUUAUUUACAAAUGUAACUACCUAUUGAGCAGCAUUUUUAAUUUUAAUUUGUUAGUAAUUAGAAAUCAGCAGCACCGAGGUACUUAAGGUAGAAUGAAAUCAUGUUUUUCGAGGUAUUUUCUCACUACAAAUAUAAUGAUUUAUUUAACUUGUUUAUUUUGAAUAAUUCAUCAAUUAAAUGUUGCAAUAACUAUUGACAGUACAUGAAUUUUUAUAAUACGUAUAAUUAUUGACUGAUGUAUAAUAUUGAUACAAUAUAAUGGUUCUGUUUGCAGUAUUAAAUCGAUUAUUUAUUUUAUGAUAAUGCUGCUGAUACUGUUAGACACAAUCUCUAAACUAUACUAAACUGGCUGGUCUAAAAUAUGUAUUGUUAUCCUUUUCACGGCAUUCCCUGUGGUAAAAGAUAGCACUAGAUUGACCCGUUAGAUGUUAUAAUAAAUUAUUAUCCGUAAUCCUUUUCGUUACCUGUGACCUGUGAAAGUAAAAUAAAUAAAAAUAAAAUGUCCUUGUGCUCUAAAUAAAAAAAUAUUUGUAAUAUUUAAUCAUCUUUUAUUUUCAUCUCCAGCGGGCUUCAUCUUAGGCUGCAUCACCACUUGCCAGCAGGUCGGAUUGCAGUCAAACGCUAACUUAUAUAAAUUUUUAAACACCUAAAAAUUACUUUACUUUAACAAUCUGUCAAUUAAGUAUAAAUUAGAGAUUGUGUACAACAAAAUUAGCCUUGUACAAUUUUCUUGUAGAUUUUAAGACUUAUGUAUGUUAAAUAUUAUAUAAAUGUGUAUGUAAA